AUGGCCAUCGCAGGCGCUGGCGCCGGCGUCAACGAACUAACGGCGCUGGCCGCAACGUCGGAAAUGGCACCGACCCGCAAGCGUGGCGUCUAUGUCGCCGUGCUGAUCUUCACCAUCGUCCCUUUCUGCCCGUCUGUGCUGUGGGCCCAGCUCAUCGCGUACUAUAGCAACUGGCGCUAUGUCGGUGCGUUUUGUGGUGCCUGGGCCGCUUUCGGUCUGUUGAUCACGGUCUUCUUCUACUUCCCGCCGCCGCGGGUCAAUUCGAUGGGUCUGAGCCGACGCGAGAUCCUCAGUCGUGUGGAUUAUGUGGUCGCCUUCGGCUUCUGGGAGGUCUAUGGCGCCAAGUACCCAAUCUUCCCGUCCAAGCUGAAGCAAGAGCCUCGCACGCUGGGCCUAACGCUCGUGAUCACUUUUAUCUCAGGCGCAAACUUCUUCUCCGUACUGAUGUUCUGGCCGACGGAGUCGUUCAACGUCUACGGUCAUGACCCCGUUGCUGUCGGCAUUCGCAGUAUUCCCAUUGGGUUCAGCAUCUUGGGCGGAGCUUGCAUUGUUUUGACCCUGCUGAGCGUCUUCCGGGGUCAUAAUAAGGAGUUGCUGAUUAUUAGCUGCGGUGCCUUGGCCAUUGGACGUCUCGAUAAUCUCUACCAGCUGUGGGGAAUCCUCGUGCUCGCCGGUCUUGGAAUCGGCGGCAUUGUGGUGCCAGCUUCCAUCAUCACGACCAUCAUCUGCCCCGACGACCUCAUCGCCACCAUCUCCGCCCUAACCCUGUCUAUCCGCGUCGUCGGCGGCGGCGUCGGAUACGCGAUCUACUACAACGUCUUCAUCUCCAAAUUCGUCCCGCUCGCAACAGAAUACAUCGGCGGUGUGAUGGAGAUGGACCUUGGCAUCACAGACCCCAAGCUCAUCGGCGACGCAAUUGAACUCACGGGCGCAUCGCUGCUGACGGAGUUGAAAACGAUCCCCGGCAUUGGCACCAAUGAGACGGCGUAUAAUAUGGUCGUCACGGCCGGCCAGAUGGCCUAUGCGCAGUCGUAUAAAUAUGUCUACUACGUCAGUAUUGCUUUUGGGGCGAUUUCGAUCUUUGCGGCGUGUUUCCUGGGCAGCAUUGAGAAGUAUAUGACCGAUCAUGUGGCGGUGGUCAUGUAG